AGGACUUGGAGAGAUCUCGUGGAGCGUGGAUAGAGCGUGGAGACCUUGCGAGAAGACAAGGGAACACAAAGAGUCGCCACAGGGAGAGCAAGGGGGCGCCAUGGCACUCAUGGACCUGAGGGAUCUUUAACCAUUCGUCCUGGGAACAGCAAAGACACCGCAUUCCAUGCCUCUGUUUUGCCAGGUCAUUGAUGGGAAAUCAACUGGAUCGGAUCACCCACCUAAACUACAGCGAGCUGCCCACGGGGGAUCCGUCCGGGCUGGAGAAAGACGAGCUUCGGGUCGGCGUCGCCUAUUUCUUCUCUGACGAAGAGGAGGAGGUGGACGACCGCUCUCCGUCAGACUGCGGCUUCACCAAGGACCACAGCCCGGGCGAGGAGGGGCCCUUGACCGUCAGCGAGGUGGAAUACUCCGCCUUCUGCUCCCAGGAAUGCAUCUUCUCCAAGCUCCGCGAGAACGAAGACCUGCACGUGUACUCGGACAAAACUUUGCUGACUAUGUGCAAACCGGGGGACCUGCUGGAGCUCGUGGCGGCCGCGCAGGCGCCACACUGGGCCGUCUACGAGCAGAACGACCAGGUCAUCCACUUGCACAAGGGCGAGAUCCGCAAAGACAGCCUGCUGGAGGUCAGCGGCGGCCGCCACGGCAGGAUAGUGAAUAACCGCUACCGGUUCCGACCGCUGCCAGCGGACCUGGUCAUGCAGAACGCGGCCGGCCACCUGGGCCUGAACAGCGGGGAGAUAUGCUGGACCAACUCGGAAAGUUUUGCCGCCUGGUGUCGCUUCGGGAAGCGGGAGUUCAAAGCCGGGGGCGAGGCGCACUCGGCGGAGCAGCAGUAUUUUCUCAAGGUGCAUGUGUCGGGCAGCGGGGUGCACACGCUGGUGUUUCGCAGCUUGGAGGACAUGAUACGGGAACGACGGCGCGUGGACGCGAGUGGAAUUCUCAAAGAGCUUUCUUUGGUGCACGGGGGACAUGAGUGAA